AUGCUGCUCAACAACAUCCUCCUCGGUAGCUUUGCGCUCCUCAUCCUCCUCGGUAGCUUUGCGCUCCUCAUCCCCUCCACUUUGGCCACGCCUGUGCCAACGGAGUCUUGUUCAGGUCCUAUUCGAGACGACAAGCUCGUCAAGCGAGUGCUGGUCGGGAUCUGCCAAGACUCAACCUGCGUCGUCAACCAGGAGACUGGCCAGAUAUGUCCAGACUCUUUCUGCAGCGUCUCGGACAAAGAAGGUGCCGGAUGUCGUUGUGUGCCUAUCGUUGACUGA